UUGUUGUUUUCGUUGAACAGAGUAGAACAGUCGACAUCUUUGGAAUUGGUUGGUUUCGUCCACGAUAUUAUUGUCAUUUCUGGAGCUCAAAGUGUUGACUCUGGGCGCUUGUUUUCAGAGCGUCCACAACUCAAGGGACCAGUGGCUUUUUAUUUGGUUCCAUAUUGGUUUUUUGUGAAGCUAAUCUUUGUCUUUUCAAAGAUGGGCAGCCAGUACAAGCAGACUGUGCCACUAGAAGUGAGGAGAGCGGAGGGCGAGAGAGUUCGGGCCAAACAUCCUGACAAAAUACCCAUCAUUGUGGAGAGGGCCCCGAGGUCACGAGCACCUGACCUAGACAAGAAGAAAUACUUAGUACCCUCAGACUUAACAGUGGGCCAGUUAUGCUUCCUCAUCCGUCAGCGUGUGUCUUUAAGACCAGAGGAGGCACUCUUCUUCUUCGUCAACAACUCCCUCCCCCCGUCCAGCUUCCCUCUCUCCGCUGUAUAUGAGGAACACCAUGACGAGGACCUGUUUCUCUACAUGACCUACAGUAAUGAGAGUGUGUACGGUGCCUGAGGAAGGACACAAAACUGGAGAAAGAGACACAGAGAGAAUGAGAAAAGUGUGGCUGCUGAAGAAUAAUGCUAAGGUUGUUUGUAUUGAUUUACACCACUAUUAUUGUCUUUGGUAUUAGUUUUAAUAAGCAUCUACAGUACAUAGGGGAUGAAAUGCAGGGGAUUGCUGAUAGACUUUUACCUUUGUCAGUAUUUUGGAACUGACUGAGAAUUGAGCUUUUUUUUUUACACUUCUAUUGAUUUCCUAAUAUGGUGAAAGAGGGAAUUAAACAGAAAGAAAAAAUGCAUAUGAAAAAGAAGGUAUUGAAAUUAUCUUGUGAGCUCUCGUUAUCUUUCUCCAUCAUCUGUAUUUAAUGCAAAU